UGAGGGCAAACACACCCUCAAGUUGGACAAGUAUCCGCGUCUCAUUGACUUCCUGCUGGCCCAUGCUGGUGUCUUCAACCAUUCAUCAAUGCGAGAACUAUUUGAAGAGGUAUACGGGAAAAUACGGAAAUAUUCUCUGCAACACUUCUGGCCAGAUGCACUGGCAGAUUUGGACUUACGUGACUUGGCAGAUGAAACUCUCUUCCCUACAAAAAAACCCAAGGUGAAAGAAGUGAUAUGUGAAGCUGACAGUAAAGCAGGAGGACUGGCGGGUGCCAGCUAUAUCAGUGAUAGACCAUCACGAAGUAGCAGUAGGUGUAGUGAGAGACUCAUAGUUAAAAAUAGUGGUGAUGAGGAAGUUCUGGAGAAGAUGGACACAGACAUUUUGCCUCGCAAAAUUGAGGAGGACAGAGAAGGAAUGGUGGAUAGUGCUACAAGCAUGGAAGUAGACGUAGAUCUGGUUGCAGGUGUGUGUGUGUCAGAAAAUGUGGUGAGAACUGAGACAAAGCAGGCGUUUUAUGAGGAGAGAGAAGAUGGACUCUUGUAUGAGGUGGACCGAAAGGAAAAAUCAAAGACUGAGAGUAGCAUUAAAGCUCUACUGAAGGUUGAACCAUCGGAUUUGGAAUUAUUCUGUUUGGGAAGAUCGUUUGGGACACAAGAUUAUGUUGGUCAGAGAGUGUUGCAGGUGGCCACGAUCCUUCGCAACCUAAGCUUCGUAGAAGAGAAUGUGGUUGUUCUGGCACGCAACGUGCCAUUCCUUCGUUUCUUGCUGCUCUGUGCAGGCUCACGAUGGAAUUCUCUGCAUCAGCUGGGUCUGGACAUGCUAGGCAAUGUUGCCCAUGAGGUGUUGAUGGAGGAUCCCAGUACAGAUCGUUUAGCUGCCUGUUUGUUGAAUUCAGUGACUCAUGGCCUACAUUCCGAGGAUCGGCUCAUCGUUCUGUCAUGCCUUGAGGUGCUCAAUAAGUUGAGUCAGAAAGAUGAAAAUGAAGAUAUAAUGCUACGUUGCCUGGACCAGCGUGUCUAUGACCAACUGUGCAGCUUCCUCACACUUCACGACAUCAUGCUUCUCAUCUAUACACUCGAGUGCCUGUACUCGCUCUCGUCGCUGGGUGAACGUGCUUGCAACUGUAUUGUUCGCGUUCAUGGGGCCAUCGAAACACUCGUAUCGCUCAUCACAGUUGAGGCACAAAGUUAUGGACCAAAGGCAUGCAUCCUAAUGCGUGUGGUGGAGACUGUGUCUGGGAUGCAAGCAGGUUCCACAACAACCACUACUACCACAACGACAAAUGCCAUGGCUGCUGGGACUCCAAACCCUAACCCUCCUGCACCUGUUGUAUCAACUCCAGCGCGUCCCCCAGCUGCAACCACUCCCCACCGACAGCCAGCACCACAGACCACACAUCCUGCUUUCUUACAAGGAGUGGUGAUUGGUGCUCCCCAGCCAGCAGUUGCUACACCAGUGUCAUUGACAAUGGCGCAGACGCCACAGCAGUAUCAGCAGCAGCAACAUGCCCAUCAGCAGGCAGCGCAGGAGAAUGAACAGUUCGCUCUAGCGUGGCUGCGUGCCACAUACGAACCAGCCACUGGCUGCCGCAUCGAGCAGGCAGAGCUCUAUAAGCAGUACUUGACUGCAUGUUCUAAGAUCGGUCGGCGUGGUGUUAUUGCCCCCCUUCACUUUCCCCGCUGCGUCAGGUCAGUGUUUGGAGGGACUGUUGGACCCAACCCUCAGAAGCAGUCGAUUGGUGUCAGUGGGAGUGUUGACCAGCCAGGAACCACCAACCUGAUGUUCUACGAGGGUAUAAAGGUGCGAGCAAAUCCGUUCUCAGUCCCUGUAUCAGUGUCCGCUACUGUUCAGCAACCACCGUCUCCACAGCCAGCACCAGCAGUUUCUGUGCAGCGCAAGGGUCUUAAUGUUGUGACCAAAACUGUGACCCCUCCUCCACCCACCACUUCUCCUGCACCCCAAGCCACAUCCGAUAUUUCUGCAACUUUAGGUGAUGCCUCACUACCCCUUGCCCCUGCACCGGCCUCUCCCAUCCUCAAAGCUCAGUUGAGUGCUCCACCGAAACAAAGAGAGACUCCAAAAGGGGACACAAAGAGUCAGGUGUUGGCUCAUCCCCACUUGACCCAAGCCCUGUUGGGAAGCAGUGGGGCCUCCCCAAAUCCUGCUACUGGUGGUAAGGCGUUGGCGGGAUCCAAUAAGGAAGUGGCAGGGGCUGGCCCCCCCACAUCACUCAUCAAGAGCCUACUGGCUACCAAGGUAAACGCUGCCGGCAGUGAGUGCAUGAUGUCCCAGUCUGCUACUGUAGCAGCGAGUAGCAUGAUGCCUGCCGCGUGCUGUACUACCACUACUACCACAUCCACCAAGCAGCCGCCCCCAGCACCGCAGGUCACACAGCGCCAACAGCAGCAACGACUAUUGCAGCAACAGCAACUGCAAUCUCACAAGAUGGAUUCAUCCUCACCACCACCUUUACUUCCACCCUCUACAUCAAACAGUGUUCAAGGCAAGGGUGUGGCAAGCAUAACCUCCAAGAUCAAAUCCACAACUGCUGUAAUAGCUACGACCACCGCUACAGCAUUAAAGAGUCCUGAUCCUCGUCAAAGAGCUUCACGCAUCAAUGGGGCCAGGACACCUCUUCAGGUGCAAUCGCAAACUGCGCCAUUGCAAUCACAGACACAGAUGGAACCAUUAAGGGAUACAACUGGUGAGGGCAGCGGUAAUGGCUCCUGCUCCAUGGCUGCCAACACUACCACCACUACUACUACUACUCAGUGUGUGGCAACUCCAGGAGUUAUAAUUCAAGUACCAACUAGACUGAUCGCAGAAAACCAUGUUCCUUCUCCAGCCCUGGCAGUUGGAGGUGGAAAUCUUGCCCUGAGGGGUCGCCGAGAGCCCCCACAGCCACCACCUCCUCCAUUAGCUCCUCUCAGUAACUCCUGUCCGCCCUCCAGACUGGAUGUUGAGGACUCUGACUCGACAGGUAACAAUUCUCUUGCAUCAAGCAGCAGGGAUUGCAGCGGCACAUUUGCAGGCAACAUCUCGUCCACGGAUGAUGGCGAAAAUUCUCUUACAAGUUUUGAAGGCCUCUUGCUUAAUGGCAUCCCUCAUUCACUCGAUAUUGAUGCUGCAUCGAAUGACAGUAGCUCAAAAGAUUCAGCACGGAGCUCCCUGCAACAGCAAAAUCCUAAACCUGCAGGAACCAAGAGUCUCAUGUUGGCAGACCUAUUAGAAAAGAAAGUAGACAAGAAGGAACCUCCAAUACUGAAUGGUGUCCUUGGAAAAGAACUUCGUAUUGGUGAGAAGGGUUUGGAACUAGUGGAAAACCAUCUCGAGAAAGUGUUGAAAGAAAGUUCCAUCAUGCAGGCAAAACCAGUUGAUGUUAAGGAAUCCUCAAAGAAUGUAGGAGGUAUUAGUGAUAUUUGUAGUGAAUCCAUUGGUGUUGUUAGGACAGUGGGACAGGUUUCUAAUAAUCUGACAAGUGUUUCCACUAUUGAAAAAGGAAAUACUGCAUUUAAAACAGUAGGUAUUGGUACAACUGAUGAGCCCCUCAUGGGCAACUCUGUUUUGACCUCCAGUGAACAAGUGAAGUAUGGGGUAGUGACUCAACAGACACAGACUGUUCAAGCAUUGAAACGGCCAGCCCCAGAGAAUCUUGGACUGGAGGAUGGGAUUCUGGAAGCAAAGCAGCAACGUCUGUCCACAGAGUCUGCAAUGAAUGGGGCAGCCUCUCCUGGACUUAUUAUGGCAAGCAUAGAACAGAACCCAGCACCCCUGUCUCCAGGUUCAACAGAUAAAUCCACGUCAUCAAGUGCAUCAGCUGAUAACACUGAAGUUGUAAAUGCAUCGCCAUCAGCAGCAAAUCUGUAUGCAGCACUGGCUGCCUCCGCAUUGGAAGACGAGCCUGACCUUGAAUUGCCACCACCUCCACCAACACAAGUUCUAGUACAGAGUGCCAGUGGCCUGCGGCAGGCUGUGUUUUUGGGUCAGGGCGUUGAGUCAGGCUCACAGCAACAGCUGAUAGUGACGGCUGCACCAAGGCAGAUCAUCGUAUCACAGGGACAGCUGCCACCACAAGGCCAGGUCCUGAUCACAGCAGGAGGUCAGCUCACUCUGCAGCAGGGAUCUAAUGCAGCCACAGCCACCAUCAAGACUCCUGCAGGUCAUCAGGCAGUACCUGUUCUAGUACAGACAGGAGGUAGUGCAGCUCAGAGGGCCCAGAUAUCUGCAGUGACCCAUUCGCAGGGAGCACAGCUGGUACAGACUGGUCAGGUGGUGCUCUCACAGUCUACUUCCGGCCAGUUCAUCCUUUCUCAGGCCCCAGCACAAGGGCAAGUCCAGUUGGUCCAAACAGGUAGCAGCCAGGCAGGCCAGUAUAUCGUGUCUGCAAGCAGCAGUUCUGGUCAGACUCAUUAUGUGGUUGCACAGCCCCAGACAGCACUGGUACAAGGUCAGACACAGACGGUACUGGUGGCACAGACUCCGCAACAGCAGGGCACAGGCGCCAAAACCAUCAUCAUCCUGCAGCCCCAGAGCUCUUCAGCUGCCACUCACCAUCAGAAGGUGGUUGUCACACCACAGGGCCAACCCGUUGUUGUGACGCAGGUUCCACGGCCUAUCCUGCAGAGCCCAGCAAUCUCCAAUCCCCCUCCUCCCUCCAUCCCUCCUCCAGCACUUGUGCCGACUUCAAAUGCCCCUCCUCCACCCCCACCAGCUCCUGUCUCUCCAUCUCCUCAGCCUGUGAAGCAUGUAAGUACUGCCACUGUGGCUACGUCAACCAAUACAGUCCCUGUCCAUAUGCCUUCCCGUGUUGCCUCUACUGGCACGUCAACUAGUCUACCUCCAUCUCAACCACAAACCAGGGCUAUCACUCCAACAAACUCAUUGACCACCACGCUGGCUCCAGUCUCUCCGUCAUCAGUAACUGCCACAAAAACAUCAGCCAAACCGCCUCCCAUUCAUCCCACAGCUGUGCCUGCAGUUCCAAGACCGCCACUAUCUCCAUCACCCACUGCUCUUAAUUCACCAAGGGCCACCCUUGUUCAGCCACCUAAACAAACAAGAACUUUACUAAAUACAAGGCCACAGUCAUCAAGUACUCCUAUAAUUGAAACUAUUUCAGAUAAGUCCACAGUCCAGAGUGUACGAAGUACAAAGUCGCCGUGCCAGCCAGCCCCUUCACAGACAAGACUGACAACAGCAGGGUCCAUUAUGGAUCAGGCAGUCUUCUUGUGUGAAUGGAGAGGAUGUAUGCGGAGCUUCAAAUCUGCAAAUGAGGUCUACAUGCAUGCAUGUGAAGCACACUGCCCAUUGGGCAGUGAGGAAAUCCAAUGCCUGUGGGAACGCUGCGAUGCCAUGAAGCGAAAGCGCUUUUCCCUCAUGACACAUCUGUAUGAUCGACAUUGCAAUGCUGAUGUUCUGCGUAUGAUGGCAGUACGUCGUCGGCAGCUUUCUCAGAGUGGGAGGAGUGAAAUUCCCCCACCCCAGCCUCCACCUCCGCAUCCUGGAUAUGCCCCAAAUGCAGCCUUUCAUGCUAUUAAAAGGCAUGCACUUGAGUUUGUCAACCCCAAAGAGAUGAUGAGGCCUGCUAAGCCAGGGCCACCUGCGACUAUUCCAGCUCGGACUGGCCCAAGCCCGCCCGAGCAGGAGCAAGGAGGGAAGGAUGAUAAUGAGGGCCCUGUUACAAAGAGCAUCCGACUGACAUCUUCACUUAUUCUGCGUAACCUAGUCAUCUAUUCUACAAAUGGAAGAAGAUUUCUACGAAGUUAUGAGCCCCACUUGGCCAGUGUGGCAUUAAGCAAUGUGGAAUCAUCGCGAACAAUUUCCCAAGUACUGUAUGACAUGAACCAGCAGACAAGUCAGAGGUGACCCAAUUAGGUUUAGCAAAGCUGAUGAAAGGAGCCAUAGUGGUGGUCACAUGGAACAAUGUCUCGAAUUGUAGUGCGUGCCAGUGUCAGUGUCAUGAAGAAAAGUGAAUGCAGUAGGAAUGGCAUUUUCCACCAAGUUAUCUGAUCUGGUGUGCAUUGCUCUUAUCGUUGUAUAUUUAUUUUCGCAGUACCCCAGUCUCUUGUAGUGAUUCUGAACUGUUGAAAAAUGUACAAAUCUUAAAUGAUCGAUGUAUUGAAAUUUUUUAAUGGAGAAGCAAGCUUAUUAAGGUUGUUGGACAACUUUUUAUGAAACACAUAAUUUAUACAACUAGGCUUUGAAAACUGUUGUCAAAAUGCAGGUGUAAAGAGUAACUGUCUCUCUCUCUCUCAGCAGUGUUGUAAAUUAUUGUUGUCAUUUUCUCUGAUCCGCACUUAACUCUAGGACGGAACAACAUGCUUUUACAUAUUUUAAGGACUUCUUAACGUUGGAAGUUCUGUUUGUUUUUUUACAUGACUUCUUUGUUGCAUUACCCAUGGAGAUAAAUGUGCAAUUCUUUUUUCUAAUAUUUAUUGGCAAAAAAGUGAUGUAUAUGCAAACAUUGUAUAUAAUUUCCCAUCGCAUGGGCAAUUCCUAUUAGAGCAACUCUGGAUGUGGAACCCGUGUCUGUUUCAGAAAUUGUAAUGUAAGUGUCAUAGAGUAACUAGUAUUUUUUUGUGUAUAGGAAACCGGAGGAAAAAGAAUGUGCACAUCAUUUUAGUGAACAAUAUAAAUAUUGUUACCGUGUUUAAAUUUGAUUUCAUCCACCUGGACCUUGUGCGAACAGUGGUAGCUUCAUCAUGACUGACUGAAAAUUGGCCCAGUUAUAAUUGGUCUUCAGUAAUCAGUAUUACAAAAGGAAACCAUAAGAGUUGGAAGACAGCAAGAUCAUUCUUAUUUUUUUAAUCAGGAGGGUUGAAAUCUUUACUUUUGUUUGAAUUUAAUUCUUGUUUUCAGAUUAGAAGUAUUGAACUCAUUUAGACUGUUUAAACACUAUCAUUUUUGGAAAUCAGAAAAUAAUAUCAUUCCAUGGCACAAGAUGCACCUCCAUCCCAUUUAGUAUUGGCCCCAAUAUAACAAGGCAACAAACAGAUUUAUGCUGCACCUAGGGAAAAGAAUGCAAACCAGUCCAGCCACAUGUACCAUACAGGUUUCUGUCAGUACUGUAUUCAUGGUCUAUUUUCAUGUGCUUUUUUUGUCAUUUUUUGUAUGAAAAAAAGUAGAUACAUUUAGGAAGCACUGUACAAUGUUCAUAAAAAAACACUUUCAGAAAUAAAUAAUUGCAUUUA